CUCCAGAAACAACUGAUUAAGAAACGCUGUGUAACUAAAUUGUCUGGGCAGACUUUGGAGUGGGACUGAGAAGUAUUUUGCUGUUGGCGGUGAACCUUGGAUUAAAUUGAUGGCCUUCUCACGAAGAGACGACAAUUGCUCACAUUUCCAUACAAGCGAGUUUCGAGAGAGAAGGUGACCAGGAACUUUCUGAACGGGGGUUCACGCUUCGAAGAAUUUGCCACUGCAAUAUAGCUGUAAUUGAACAACGGACUGUAUAGGCUAUAUGUAAACAUUGUGCUAGCUGUUCAACUGAUUGCCUAAUUCGGUCGUGCAUUAACUUAAAUCGUAAUGAAAAGUGUCAUUCUGUGUGAUUAGCGAGAACAGGAGUUUAAUAUAAUUAAUUGGAACUGCAAAAUCAUGUCUGACCGACCUCUAAGUCCAAUUUCGGAGUGUACUAGAGGACCUUACGAAGCAAGUAGAGCGAUGUAUUCGCAGGUUUUCGGUCAGGAAUCUAUCGGUGGUGCUUCGCUGCAGUUUCCUCACGGCAUGUUACAAGACUCGGGUCUUCUCUUCAACAAAUCGUCAUACAGUGGGAUCGCUCCGCCACCACCGCAACCGUUUUUCCCGUUUUCCGCCGUCGGGGGGGAGUACAGGCACUCUGAGAUCCAAGCGAGUGACCCGGGUCAGCCGCGGCCAUGGUAUCCGUUCGCCGCUCCCGAGUACACGGGCCAGGUAGCGGGGUCAACCACCGCCGCUCAACCCAUCAACCUCAGCCCCCCGAUAGCAGAAACGAGGGAACAGAUUAAGAUACCAGAAAUAAAGACCGAGAAGGAUGUGAACGAGUAUCCCAUAGAAACCAAGCUUCCAUCGCAGUUUCCCCCACCACCGGCCUCCACCAUGGCCCACGGCGUCUACUAUUCGACCCCAUGGAACCCGUCUUUCUGGCCGAGUCUGGCUCCCAUUGCGGCCUCAAACAAUUCUGUCCCCGCUCCACCGACAUCAGCUGCAUCCUCUCCUUCUCUGUCGCCCUCACCCCCCAGCAAUGGGUACCAGGGUGCAAGCUUUUUUCCGGCGGGUACCGCACAAGAGAUCCCCGCCACUCAGCUGCCGAACGGCAACACCAGGAGUAGCGGCUCGUCCAGCGGCGGAGCUAGCGAUUCGGAAGACGAGGAAAACCUUUCCACUGAGGAGCUGGAACAGUUUGCCAAGGAGCUGAAGCACAAACGGAUCACGCUGGGCUUCACGCAGGCUGACGUCGGGCUCGCACUGGGAAACCUCUACGGGAAGAUGUUCAGCCAGACCACCAUCUGCCGGUUCGAGGCGCUGCAGCUGAGCUUUAAGAACAUGUGCAAGCUGAAGCCGCUGCUCCAGAGGUGGCUGAACGAGGCAGAGACCUCGGACAACCCCCAGGACAUGUACAAGAUGGAGCGCGUGUUUGUGGACAGCAGGAAGAGGAAGCGUCGGACCAGCCUGGAGGGAACGGUGCGCAGCGCUCUGGAGUCCUACUUCAUCAAGUGCCCCAAACCCAACACCCAGGAGAUCACCCACAUCUCUGACGACCUGGGACUGGAAAGAGACGUGGUGCGGGUGUGGUUCUGUAACCGGCGGCAGAAGGGGAAGAGGCUGGCCCUGCCCUUCGACGACGAGUGUGCGGAGGGGCCGUACUUCGACCCGACCGCGCCCAUGCCCCACAACAUGGGGCCCGUGCCCCUCCCGCCCCAGACCUACCCCGGCCAUCCCGGCCACCCCCUGCCCCCGAGCCUCUACGUGCCCCCCCUCCACAGGCCCGAAGUCUUCAAGCAGGCCCUGCACCCGGGACUUGUGGGUCACCUGACCAGUUAAGCCACACCCCCCCCCACCCCCCCACACACCUUUGUCGGGACUGGGCUCUCCGGGGGCAGGGCUGUUCGUUCUGCCCCCCCUGCCCCUGUCUGGUCCCUGUCUGUUAGAUGACCAGAUGACAGCACCCUGGAUGGAACUUGCACCUCUCAGGCUGAACUUUGGCAGCUCACUGUAUGGUGGGAGGGGGCAGACUGCAGGUAGACCCCCCCCCCCCCCUCUUCUCCACCUGGACUCCCUUCUGUGGAGAGUUUCACUAAAACACCAACCCUCUCCAGGACAAUUUUAUUUUUUUAAACCCUCUUUUAUUAGCCAGACUGUAUUUUUGCACAUUUGAAGUUGUGCCUCUUGCAUCACAGUGCAGUUGUGUGGAGGGGUGGCUGUCUCUUCAGUGGUGCAGUCUCUGGCUUUCUGUGAAAUGCUGUCUGAUCUUGCAUCUGUCCUGCAGGGGGAGCACAUUCUUAUUCCCCCCCCCAGAAACCUUGGUGUAAAUGCCCAACGUUUUUAAUGAAGCCAUGAAAUGUAUUUCUUAAAAUCUUUUAAUUGUAUAUGCACUCAAAUAUCGCUUUGUAUUAAGGGCUUAUGUGUCUUUGCUCGCCUUUUGGUGUCUGUAGGUGAUAUUCUGGUGUUCACAAGUGUCAUUUCAUCAUUUGCCGGUGUGCAUUUUGAUGCGACUGCAGUCAUUUCAUGACAAAAGCGUCGACCGUGCAUUAGUGCGCACCCUUUUGACACCAGCGUUAAUGAAAAUUUGAUCACCUAUGAAAUUAUUGGGCCCAAAUGGAAAGCAGACUGAGGCUAAGGUUAGUGACGUUGGUGAAAGUGUGCAGGACAGGAUAUUGGAGGGGGGGGGGGCGCGUGGGGGAGGAUUAGAGUUCUGCUGCCAUGUGCUGCAGACACAGGGGGGGGGCCCAGUUUCGUUCGCCUGUUCAUAGCUGUUGAUUUAUUAGCCCACACACCGGUAGUUUUAACUGCUUUCUCAUGCAGGGUGGUUGGCGGAUGCUGAGGGCGUGCAGGAAACGUAUGGCGAGGGUGGGGGGGGGCAUCAUGCAGUGCCUCCCCCCCGCCAACCCCUGUACCCUCCCACGCCCCAUC